CUAACUCAUGUCGCAGCUUGACUUUGUGUUGGACACAUCUCAUCAGAGUGCUGAACAUCUCUCGUCACUCUGGCCUACAGCCUUCACUUUACUCUCAGUUGGUGCUGUAAAGAGCCGGGCUUGGUUACUGUAGAUCAUAUAAGGCUUUAUUAAAGACGCCGUGGUUCGCUGACGGUUGAAUCCGCUUCUAUUACAUCUUAAGAGCUAGCUAACGUUAGCGUUAGCAAGGCAGCAGCAGGGAUGGCGGAGGUUCCCGGGACGUCAAGUGAGACGAUAACGGAGACUGUUGAGACGAGCACCCCGCCGCCGCCCCAGCAGGAGGGACGCAGCCUGACAAUCAAACUGAGGAAGAGGAAGACUGAGAAGAAGGUGGAGUGGUCCAGUGACACGGUGGAUAACGAGCACCUUGGGAGGAGGUCUUCAAAAUGCUGCUGUAUUUAUGAGAAGCCGCGGCAGUUCGGAGAAUCGUCCUCUGAAAGCGAGGGAGACGACGACGAUGAAGGGUGUGGCAGCGCUCACUGCAUCCUGGGUCACGGCAGGAGAGAUCAUGGACAGACGGGGGGUGGGGGGACCACAGAGCCCCCAAACUCUGGAGGGUCACACGCCCACUAAUGAGCACU